UUGUCAUUAUGAGAUGUCGUCUACCAGUGCUUCAUUUGUGCAAAUUAGAUUUGAUGACUUGCAGUUUUUUGAGAACUGCGGCGGAGGGAGUUUUGGGAGCGUCUAUCGAGCCCGAUGGAUUUCUCAGGACAAGGAGGUGGCCGUAAAAAAACUGCUCAAAAUAGAAAAAGAGGCAGAAAUACUCAGUGUGCUCAGUCACAAAAACAUCAUCCAGUUCUAUGGAGCUGUCAUUGAACCUCCAAAUUAUGGCAUUGUUACAGAAUAUGCUUCUGCUGGCUCACUCUUUGAUUACAUUAAUAGUAACAAAAGUGAAGAAAUGGAUAUGGAUCAUAUCAUGACCUGGGCAACAGAUAUAGCUAAAGGAAUGCACUAUUUACAUAUGGAAGCUCCAGUUAAAGUAAUCCACAGAGACCUGAAAUCCAGGAAUGUUGUUAUAGCGGCUGAUGGUGUUUUAAAGAUCUGUGAUUUUGGUGCCUCAAGGUUCCACUCUCAUACAACACACAUGUCUUUAGUGGGCACUUUCCCAUGGAUGGCCCCUGAAGUAAUCCAGAGUCUCCCAGUGUCCGAAACGUGUGACACAUACUCGUAUGGAGUGGUUCUCUGGGAGAUGCUAACAAGGGAGGUCCCCUUUAAAGGCUUGGAAGGAUUACAAGUAGCUUGGCUUGUAGUGGAAAAAAACGAGAGAUUAACCAUUCCAAGCAGUUGUCCCAGAAGUUUUGCAGAACUGAUGCACCAGUGUUGGGAAGCUGAUUCAAAGAAAAGGCCAUCUUUCAAGCAGAUCAUUUCAAUUCUGGAAUCUAUGUCAAAUGACAGCAACCUUCCAGACCAAUGUAACUCAUUCCUGCAUAACAAGGCAGAGUGGAGAUGUGAAAUUGAGGCAACCUUAGAGAGACUAAAGAAACUGGAGCGUGAUCUGAGCUUUAAAGAGCAGGAACUGAAGGAACGGGAGCGACGUUUGAGGAUGUGGGAGCAGAAGUUAACCGAACAGUCCAAUACUCCUUUGCUGCCCUCCUUUGAUAUUUGUGCAUGGACUGAAGAAGAUGUGUAUUUUUGGAUGCAACAACUAACUAAAAAAGGUGAUGCUUCUGGUGAAAUGAGUGUAUAUGCUAGCUUGUUUAAGGAACAUCAUAUCACUGGGAAAAGAUUGCUUCUUCUAGAAGAAGAGGAUUUGAAGGACAUGGGAAUUUUUUCCAGGGGACACAUCAUUCAUUUAAAGAUUGCUAUUGAGAAGUUAACCCACGACUACCUAAAUCUCUUUCAUUUCCCACCGUUAAUUAAGGACUCUGCCGGUGGGACUGAGGAGAACAUAGAGAAAGUCGUGAAUCUUGAGCUGGUGUUUGGUUACCACCUAAAGCCAGGAAGCGGGCCACAGGACUGUAAAUGGAAAAUGUACAUGGAGAUGGAUGGGGAUGAAAUUGCAAUAACCUACAUAAAAGAUGUGACAUUCAACACUAACCUACCUGAUGUAGAGAUUUUAAAGAUGACAAAGCCACCAUUUGUAAUGGAGAAAUGGAUUUUGGGAAUUGAAGAAGGCCAGUCUGUAGAAUGGAUUGUCACAUAUGAGAGCGACGUCAGGACUCCCAAAACCACCCGGCACAUCCAGGGUAUCCGCUGGGGCAAGGUGAAGGCGGAGGAUGAGGUCGAGGCGGUGCAGCUCAGGAUACAGACCUCCCUGCCCAACUCGGAGGGCAACUCUCGGAGCAGGUCCAAUUCAAGCGUCGACAGCGAGUGGAUGAACACCCUGAGAAUGCACCAGAUAGCGAAAGCCUCGUCCCUGCAGCACAGCCACCCGCACAGCCCCACCACCGUCACGCACUACCUGCCCUUCCUCCGGAGCCAGGACUCCUACGCCGCGGCCGUGAGGAGGACACGCAGGCCCGUCAACUACCAGUUCACCCCCAUCAGCCAUUCCAGAAAUUCCUCCCCGCUCUCGCAUAGCUUGGUGAGAAACCUCUCCAAUCUCCACCUCAACUCGAAGGGCAGCAGCAACUCCAGCACGGCUUCGGACACGGCCUCGGAGCGGGAGCGGGCGUCGCGCAGCGGCGCCUCGCGCAGCUCCUCGGACGGCAGGCGCAGCGGCACGAGCUCCCCCGUGGCGCCGCGCCACGCGGCCCGGCCCUACCGGAGGUCGCCGCACGCGGCCGCCUCGGCGCCCAAGGCCAUCCCCGGCAUGCCGCUGCAGAGCGAGGGCAUGCCCCGCAGGAGCGAGGCCGAGGGCAGGGCCGGCGAAGGAGGCUGGAUAAAGGUGCAGCACUCCAAGAAGGCCCACAGGCAGGCGGCCGGCAAGCCGGGCAGAGAGAGGGCCAGGGGCAGCUGGCGAGGACGGAGACUCUUCUGAGGCGGGAAUCUGCGGGUGGUUUGCGAUGAGUUUUGUUCCCUUUUAUUUAACAGAAGGUUGAGGUGAAACAAUGAGAAUGCAUGUGCCUUUAUUUAAUGUUUUCCUCCUGCUGGUGCCCAGCACUGAAGUCACGACGCUACCUCUCAGUUCACCUGCCCGGCAGCGCGGAUCUG